GAACGUGCGGUGGCCGUUUUCUUCUUCGUCAGUGCGAUUUCAAAUGUCGUUGCGUCGGGUAGUGCUAGCAAAACGCACUAUGACAGUAGCAGGGUAUCCGCGUACCCAAUAGAAGAGGAGGAGCAAGCGAAAAAAAACAGUACUGAACAGCACAAUAGGCAAACAGUGUGCGAAUAGUGUGUUGUGUGCGAGUUGUCUUGUACGGUGCCUCGCGACCUGCUACAGAUGGUUGUGUGUAUAAAUGAUUAUUAUAAAUAAUUACAAGUUUUGCAAGUUGGGAAAAUAUUAUUGAGGCGGUUGAAAUAACAACAUCGAGGCCGGUCUGAGCCAAGAAAUAGAACCAGUGUGUGCAAGUGUGUUUGAGUUGGUUGAACAAAAUAAAAUAAAAGAAAAAAAAUGAUGAAGAAACAGGGGAGCUGGCAGAGCGAGAGAAACAUCGGGUAAUAAAAAUUACUAUUGUUUGGAUGGAUUUAUAAUUUUUAUUGUUUGCGUAAUAAAAGUAAAUAACGAAAGAGCAAACACAGCGAGCUCGGCUUAGCCGAUGUGCGAGGGGAGAAUUUGAGGCUGGAGUGUAGAUGUUGCUAUGUUUUUGUUGUUUUCCUAAUCUUUGCAGCAUCUGAGGCAAAAGGCAAAAUAAAAAACAAAUAAUGAAAAGAGCGCCAAAACCUUUUAGUGGAAGUAAUGAAAAUUUUUGGUAAUUAUGAUUACCAAAAUGAGAAAAAGCAAUUAAACUGUAUUAGGAAAUAUGGAAAUAAAUGGGGAAUGUGACGAAGCGAAAUCUUGAAGUUAAAGAAGCUAACGUAAAACAGUGCGAAAGGAUCAUUAAAAUACAAUUGAAUGACCGAAAACUAUGCAAUUAAUGGUAUCGUGCCCUCAAUAUUGCUGGGUUUACGGUAAAAAGUAAAAGACGACCAAACGAACCAGAAAUUUGAAUAUAAAACCAAAGCAAGCCGCACAGAAAAACAGCGAAAAAUUCAGUGACAAGUAUGACAAGUUUUUUCUCGAGUGCGUCUCGCAGAGAAAAUUAAUUCAAAGAAGCAAAGUGUGAGUGUUCGUGCCCCCCUCCCCUAUUAGACAGCAAGAGUCUGAUGACAAUCGUGUGUCAUUAUCAUCGCGACAGCAACAUCACCUCCGGAACGCAAAGAAGCCGGUUGAUGUGAGUUACGAAGGAACCGAGCGUCAUCAUCUCGUAGCCGCAUGGUGCACACCCGGAGAAGAGGAGUUUUGUUAACAAAUUUUCAUCAGUAGAUAAGUGCGGACUCCCUGCAGCUCCCCAGAGAAGAGUUGUUCGGUGUGUGUGGGUGACCGGACUGGGUGCCCAGUGCGUCCCACCUGAUAAAGCCAAGUGUACAUACGAACAGGAAAUAGCUAAAUCCUCUAUCACGAGUGUAAAUGUGUUAGUGUUAUCCGGGUGCUUGUUUUGAUUAGGACUAAAUUCGCUAACGGAGUAGCGAGAUGGUUCGGUGCAGUACAGUAGCAUUGCAUUCGGCAGUUGUGGUACAAAAGUAAUCGAAAAACAUUGAUUGAAGAAAAUCUCCGGCGCUCAACAUGCCAUCUGAUACACCACCGCCGAAUCACUCGUCUCCCACCGGAUUGGAUUCAUCGGAUCGUCGUCCGGCAUCGGUUCCAUCGGCUAUCGCGGGUCUUGCCAGCUUGGGUUUCAAGCGAGGUAGUCUUCUGGGCAAAUCUGAACCGAUUUUAAAACCCACAAUGAAUCAGAAUCAGCAAUUUUGUCUCCGCUGGAACAAUUACCAAAGCAACCUAACCAGCGUGUUUGACCAGCUGCUGCAAAGUGAAUCCUUCGUGGAUGUCACGCUGGCCUGUGAUGGCCAGUCGAUCAAAGCUCAUAAAAUGGUCCUGUCGGCGUGCAGUCCCUAUUUUCAGACACUGUUCUUCGAAAAUCCUUGCCAGCAUCCGAUCAUAAUCAUGCGCGAUGUCAAGUGGCCGGAGCUCAAGGCCGUAGUGGACUUUAUGUACAAAGGCGAAAUCAACGUAAGUCAGGAGCAGAUAGGGCCGCUUCUCAAAAUAGCAGAGAUGCUGAAAAUUCGCGGCCUAGCCGACGUGAACGGCGAUCAGGAGUUGAACCAAAUCGGAAACACGGAGCCGUCGGCAAGUACAGCCGAUGAAAAUAAUUCCAAUAACGAAAGUACCAGCAGCAGUAACUUGUCUCGGGACAUCAUCAAAAAUGAGGCCCGUCUGCAUCACACCGAUCCAUCCCAUAACAAUAAUAAUAACAAUAACCAUACUCCGAGUCACAUGGCCAAGAAGCCACGUGUUUCCCGGGAUCGGGGGGACUCCAUCCGGGAUAUGUCGAUCAGAGACUUUCCGAGAGAUCUAUCCACGGCCGGCUCCGUCGACUGGCCACUGAGUGCCGCGCUCGACACCGUGCAGGCUUCCACGCCGAAGAACAACCGCAAGCGCCGGUGGCCGUCGGGCGAACGUAGCAGCAUCGGCAGUCCGGCCGACAGUACGCCGGACAAUCUGGAAGUGCCGUCACCGAUUCCACCGACUCCGUCCACGAUGUCGCAACCGGUCGCGACACCGACACCGUUGGCUCAGUUCCCGAUACCGCAGGCCCUGGACCAGAUGGCGGGACUGUCGUCGCUGUCGACCAUCACCAACCAUCCGGACGAUAUGGAGAUCAAACCGGGCAUCGCCGAGAUGAUCCGCGAGGAAGAAAGGGCGAAACUUCUGGAGAAUUCUCAGGCCUGGCUGGGUGCGUCUACAUCAUCGAUAACGGGCACAACACUACUGAAAGAAGCUGCCUGUACACCACCAACAACCUACGCCGAAAGUUACCAGUACCAGUUGCAGUCGAUGUGGCAAAAGUGUUGGAACAGCCAGAACCUGAUUCACCACCUUCGGUUCCGGGAGCGUGGACCGCUGAAAUCGUGGCGUCCCGAAACAAUGGCCGAAGCCAUCUUCAGUGUGCUGAAGGAGGGUCUGUCGCUGUCGCAGGCAGCCCGCAAGUAUGACAUUCCCUAUCCGACCUUUGUCCUGUACGCGAACCGUGUCCACAACAUGCUCGGACCAUCGAUCGACGGUGGAACGGAUUUGCGACCGAAGGGCCGGGGCCGGCCGCAACGGAUUCUGCUCGGUAUCUGGCCGGACGAUCACAUCAAGGGCGUAAUCAAAAGCGUUGUCUUUCGCGAUGCCAAAGAAAUUAAGGAAGAACCGAUCCUGUACGGCCGACAUUCGCCAUUUCCGUUCCAAGAUAAUCCCCUGAACUACGCACCGAACGCAAACGGUCAGCUGCCGACCACCGGUGCCGAAGGGAUGUCUUCAGAUGCUUUAACCGCUGCAACCGUGGCCGCUGUGAGGCAGCAGAUGUGCAACAUGGUGGCCGCUGCCCAACACCAUCCGGAAGCGGCAGCCAAUCUGGUGGGGUUCAACCUACCGCCACAUCACACCAACAUGAGUAUUCAUCCACCGGGAAACGUCGGAGGUUCCAGUGGUAGCAUUCCGGUUCCAAAACUUGGUUCACCUGCCGUCCCUAAUCAAGGCCAUGGUAACAACGGUGGAUCCGGAGGGAUUCAAAUGCCUAGACUGGGUUCCCCGGCGGGUUCCAGUAUAGUUACGGCCAAAGAUCACGAUCACCUUGGUUUAACCAAUAUCAACCAUAGUGGAAAUCCUGGUAACCCGAGCCACAAUCCCCGUUCGGAAGCAUCUCGUAGCAGCAAUCACUCGUCCGGUGUUCCGACCGUUAACCAUCAUCCGAUGGCACAUCUGAAUAGUGGCAGUCUCAGCAUAACCCGUCUCAGUUCGCCUGCUUCCGCUCAUGACCUCCGCAUGACUACACCGCCGACCGAGGUGAGUCCAUUGGCAUCCCCGAUGGGGAUGGUACUGGAACCGGCCGUCAACCUAGCGGUCGGUGGUGGUCAGGGUCCCGAUCUUAACCCACUCGGGAUGCCACCAUAUGGUAGCAGCAAAUCAUGUUCCCGAGCGGGUUACUCUUCUUCGUCCUCGCCGCCACGACCGGAACAUCUCUUUCACGAUCAGGACAUUGCCGAGCUGGUGGCAACGACACGGGGAACGAGCGGUUCCACGGUCACUGCUGGCGUAGGUGUCACCGGGAAUACCGGCAGCUUCCGGGAAUCACCCCGGCCUCCAGUCACCACCACCAGCAUCAAGAUGGAACCGAUGACCGAGUGCCGUGGAGAGUAAGCGCUUCGGUUCGGUCAUAUUUACACCGGUUAGGUUUAGUUUAGUUUCAAUUUGAGCUCCAUGAAAGCGGCAGCGAAGGGAAUUUGUUCAUUUUUUUUAGUUUGGUUUUGUUUAUUUAUAAAACAAUUCAACACUUGUGUUUUGUGGGGCUCUUAGUUUAAUUUGUAAAUUUUCAAUUUGUACUUUAAAAUUUUCUUCUCCUGUCUGUUUUUUUUAUUUACGAGCUGAUUUCACACAUGUUAUUUUUGCAAUAUGUGAUAUAAUUAACUUAAAAAGAUACGUUUUAAGACGAAGCGAUAGAGGUUUACCUUGAGGGAAUUUUAUUUAUUCAUGCUGAUAUAGCAACCAUUUGAAAUCGUACUAAAAUGAAGCGAUGUGUGAAUGGUAAAAAAUAACACACGUUAGGAGAUGUGCAAUAAAUAUUAUCAGGAACAGCGAGCGGAUCGCGACAUUCCACGAUGGAAUGUACGGAAAAUCGCGAAACGUUGGUAAAUUAGAGCUGUAAUUUUCAAAUGUUGAUUCGUUUAUUUUAUCUACAUAAUAUAAAAUACAACUACACAUCGAUUCAA